GAAAGGAAACAGAACAAGGCAGAACGCGCGGAUCGUGCCGUUCCAUCUGCCCCACAAUCGAAAUCAGGCGGAUCACCCGAUCCUAACGUGAGCCCUGCACCAACUGGGGAACCAACCCCACAACGCACGAGAAAGGAUGAUGGGAGGGUGUACACGAAGGCCGCGAAGUAUGUAGACAAUUACGAUUCGCAUAAGCCGAAGAAUCCGGAGGAUAAGAAGUAA